UUUACAGUGAAUUAGUCAUCUCACCAGCUCUGCUCUAAGUCAAAACGAAAUGGCAUCUCAUGGAACGAAAAAACGUGGUGUAGGAGAAAAGAUUUCGGAUGGUAUUACUGGUUUUUUCCAGGCAUUCAAAGGACAAGAUCCUCACCAUCCCUUCAAAAUGCUUCUCAUCGGUGAAACUGGAUCUGGCAAGACUUCUUUUCUAAACCUCCUGUGCAAUUGCGGCACUGUGCAGAGACUUAGCUGUGGGUACGGAUCUGAGGGUCUCGAGAAAUUCAAAAAAUUCCAUGACAUCAAGCUUGAAAAUGCAAUGGAGCAUGCAAUGCAAAGUAAAACAAACGAUGCCAAGCGAUACAAUAUUGAAGUUGGAGACCUUAAGGUUGGAGUAAUCGAUUCUCCUGGCUUCAGUGAUUCUCGUGGUCUGGACCAAGACAAGGAAAAUACUAAGAAGAUUGUGAAUGCACUAAAAUCUGAAGACUACAUUAACUGUGUCUGCCUGAUCAUCAAUGGCCGUCAAUCUCGAGACACUGUUUCGCUCCAGUAUGUUCUGUCCGAGAUCACUGCCAUUUUGCCAAGAGAUAUUCUUAACAAUGUAAUCAUUGUCUUUAGUAACACCAGUGAUGCACUGGACCUCAACUUCGAUCCGAAUUCACUAACUGAAUAUUUUGGGAAGAAAGUCGAGCACAUCUUUUUCAUCGAAAAUCCUUACUGCCGGUUUGAGAAAGCACAGAGCAAAGAGGGCCAGCUCAGUAUUGACUUAAUCGCAAGCUCUCUGAAAAAAUCGUUUGAAGAUACUGGUCAGGUUCUGAGUAAACUGUGCACCACCAUCAAAGAUUUCCAUCGGGUUCACACACAUCGAUUUGUUGAGCUCUAUGAUAAGAAGCAAGCCAUUGAAAGUAAGGUUCUGGUUGCACUUACUGAGUAUGACAACCAGAUGCGCUUGGAAAAGGAAAUAAGAAACAAGAGAGAAGAAGUGACUGCUGCUUUGAGUCGAAAAGAGCUCAACAAGGAGUUUCGAACCACAAUGCGAAACGAACGAUGGGUAGCAAAACCAACCGAUCGCCACAACACUCUGUGUGCUUACACUAACUGCCAUAGCAACUGUCAUGUUCCAUGCGGUCUUUCAAAAUCAUUUGAUAAAGAGUCAUUCAGAUCAUGUGGAGCAAUGGACGGUAGCACCUGUUCUGAGUGUGGGCACAGCUACACACAUCACUAUCAUGGGGAGAAAUUAUUCGAGAAACAAGUUUCAUUCGAACCUGUGGUUAAUGAUGCAAUGGAGGCUAAAUUCAACAAAGCCAAAGGCGAUGAAGAAAUAGCUAAACUGCUUUACGAGGAGCUUGAGGAACAAAUGCAAGGAUCUGAAACCAAACGACAGCAGCUGUCUGACGAGCUUUUCGCAGCAAUCACAGAGUUCGAGACCCUGGGAAUUGCAAGGAACUACACAAAGUUGAUGGAAAACCAAUUGGCUCUAAUAGACACACAUAUUGAAGCUUCAACUGGCCCUGAGUCCGAAGACCUUCGAAAGACCAAAGUUGAGCUCAAGAAAAAGCUGGAAGUGGUGCAAAAAGCCAAGAAAAGAAAGUAAAGUGUACCCUAUGGUAUCCUGACUAUUUGCUUUGUAAUAAUUACGUUUCAUAGUUUAAUAUAGUGUUUAGCAUUAUUGCAUGCACACCCCAAUUAAAUUCUCAGAACCUGAUGUUUUAAUCAAACACACAUACC